AUGACUGAUGAACGAAAUACUUUAAAAUGUAUAUUUGGUCGAUCAUUUGAUGAUUUACAACUUCGAAAUAAGCUUAGUCAAUUAUGCGCAACAUAUCUUGGUGGUAUUUGGACAACAGUACCAUCUGAGCAAAUUCGCAUUGCAACACAAAGAGGUGGAUCAAAUAAUAAAAUUUUAAUGGUGGAAUUACCAGAUGAAAUGAAAUUUGAAUAUAACAAAUCAAUGCAUAAAGUAAUUCUUCGUAUCUAUGAAAAUCUCAAUGAAAAUAACGAAUUACCUGAAGGUAUUAUCACAGCGGUAUUAUCAGAAAGACGUUUGAGUCCACGUUUAUUGGGAAUAUUUCCUGGUGGACGUUUUGAAGAAUAUAUUCCAUCACGUCCGCUUACCAAUGAUGAAUAUUGCAAAGCAUGUGUUGCACAAGAAGUUGGUCGAAUUCUUGCAAGAAUACAUUCAUUAGAUAUGCCAAUUAGCAAAGAAUGUCGUUUGGCGCAAUUUGUUGAUGAUAUGAUCGAAAGGUUGAGAAGUUCAGAUCGAUGGAAAACACAAAAUUAUCCAAUGCAUACUACUUUAGCAAAAGUUGAUAAAGCAUUCUAUCCUGAUCUUAUCACUAUUGAUCUAUUAGCAGAGGAAUUGGAGAUAUGCAAGAAAUGCUUGGCGCAAAGUGGUAGUCCACUUGUUUUUAGUAACAAUGAUUUACAUGAAGGAAAUUUACUUUUACGUGAUGGUAUCAAAAUUACUGAUCAGGGUUUGAUCGGUCGAAAAGAUGAUGAAGAUCCGAUUAUUCUGAUUGAUUAUGAAUAUGGCUGUUAUUAUUAUCGUGGUUUUGAUUUAUGUCAUUACUGUGUCGAAUGUUGUUUACAUAACGAAGGUAACAUAUGGCCUUACUAUGAAGUAAAACAAAAUCAAUGGCCAAAUGAAGCAAUUCAACGUUUAUAUAUUAGUGCCUAUAUUGAUGAGGCAAUGAAAAUUUGCGUUGAUAAUAAUGGAAAGAGAAUUCAAUGCAUCCGUGAUUUAUCGAUUGAUCGUGAAAUUUCAAUCAAUCAUUUAUUAAAUGAAAUACGUCAGUUUGCAGCAUUUCCUCAUUUAUUUUGGGCAAUUUGGUCAUUUGAGCAUGCUGAAAUUACUCAAACAAAUUUUGAUCAUUUUGAAUAUGCAUUUGAUCGCUUAGCAUUGUAUUAUUAUUGGAAAUCAGAAAUGUUAAAGUAUUUGAAUUAG